GUCACCUUAAAAGACUUGAUUACUUUUAUGACAACAUUUAUAUUUUUAUGAUUAUUGUAGACUAGUAUAGAUAUCAAGUCAACUUAAAUUGAAUGUGAGGUAAGUAGUGUCCUUCUAGAAUAUUAAUAUUGAUACUUUUCAUUAUUUAGCAUAAGCAAAAAUAGUAUCAUGUCGAUAGUAUGCAAUCGGACCAAGGGCUUUCUAUUUUUUGGUAACCUUGUUGACCUAAAUUUGAGGGAGGACAUAUUCGAAUCACAGUUACUAAGUGCUGUAGCAGCAAGUAAUCUCACUCCCGGUCUAUAGUGGCGCUCAAGGGCAUAUAUUAUAUAACAAGCGAAGAAGAACUACGCAUUUGAUUGGUCCAAAUUUUGGCGGAUUUUAACCUUCCGUCAGCGUGGGAUUAUUUCCCCUCCCUCUUCCGCCCACCCCGUGAUUCUACUUUUGCUUUUGACAACUUCAGCCGCUACUUUUUUUCCUUGGAGGCUCUGUGCAAGAACAACAACGACCAUGUCUUUAACAAAUGGCGACAAUGAAGCGUGGGACUCGCACAACAAGAUGAUGUUGGAACCUCUGUCUGUCAAUGACGCCGAGGUCUUCUCUAUUAUUAAAAAAGAGAAGCACAGACAGACGUAUGGCCUGGAGCUGAUUGCCUCCGAGAACUUCACCAGCAGAGCUGUUCUGGAGGCUCUGGGGUCUUGUAUGAACAACAAGUACUCUGAAGGCUAUCCUGGUCAGAGAUACUAUGGUGGAACUGAGCAUGUUGAUGAGCUGGAGAGACUCUGCCAGAAGAGGGCGCUUGAGGCCUACGGUCUGGACUCUGACAAAUGGGGCGUGAACGUGCAGCCAUAUUCAGGUUCUCCCGCCAAUUUUGCUGUUUACACCGCCAUUGUGGAACCGCAUGGGAGAAUCAUGGGCCUGGACCUUCCUGAUGGAGGUCAUCUGACACAUGGUUUCAUGACUGAAAAGAAAAAAAUCUCCGCAACGUCCAUCUUCUUUGAGUCCAUGCCGUACAAGGUGAAUCCCGAAACCGGUUACAUCGAUUAUGAUCGACUGCAAGAAAAUGCUCGCCUCUUCCAUCCCAAACUCAUCAUUGCAGGAACAAGCUGCUACUCCCGUAACCUCGACUACGCCCGUAUGAGGCAGAUCGCCAACGAGAACGGCGCGUACCUGAUGGGCGACAUGGCGCACAUCAGCGGACUGGUGGCCGCCGGAGUCGUGCCGUCCCCCUUUGACUGCUGUGACAUGGUUACCACGACGACGCACAAGACGCUGCGCGGCUGCAGAGCCGGACUGAUAUUCUUCAGGAAAGGUGUGCGCAGCGUGGACGCCAAGGGGAAGGAGAUUCUGUACAAUCUUGAGUCGUUAAUCAAUCAGGCCGUCUUUCCGGGGCUGCAGGGUGGACCGCACAACCACGCCAUCGCAGGUGUCGCCGUCGCUCUCAAACAAGCCAUGACACCAGAGUUCAAAGCUUAUCAGAUGCAGGUUCUUGUCAACUGCAAAGCUCUCUCCGCUGCCCUCGUUAAGCACGGCUACAAGAUUGUCACCGGUGGUUCGGACAAUCAUCUGAUCCUAUUGGACCUGCGCAACAAAGGAACCGAUGGAGGACGAGCUGAGAAGGUUCUGGAAGCUUGCGCUAUUGCUUGUAAUAAGAACACCUGUCCAGGAGACAAAAGUGCUUUGCGCCCCAGUGGACUGAGGUUUGGCUCUCCAGCUCUGACCUCCAGAGGCUUGGUAGAAGAUGACUUUAGGAAAGUGGCAGACUUCCUUCACAGAGGUAUUGAGCUGACCUUGGAGGUGCAGAGAAAUCUGGAUCCUAAGGCCACUCUAAAGGAGUUCAUUCAGGCAUUGGCCAAGGAAGAAAAGUUCCAGCUGCGUGUGACUGAGAUCAAGGCAGAAGUUGAAGCUUUUGCUGGUCAUUUUCCCAUGCCCGGCCUCCCUGAGUUAUAAAUCAUGUUGACUCAACUGAUACUUGCAAACUAAUGCACACAACCUUGCAGGUGGAAUUCCUGCAUACGAUCUCUUUGAUACACACCUUACGUCUUCGGAUCAAAACACAUUUCAGUACGAGCAGCCUUACAAUGUUUUUUUUUAAUGUGACGUCAUCCGCUGCUGAUUUCAAUGUUUCGGAUACAUUUAAGCUUCAAUAUUCAUUAAAGUUCUCCUUAUCUUA